AUGACGUUCGCUCUUAAAUAUUUUGUUGUUUUUCUUCUUCUCCUCUCUGUGUUCAAUCAAGGAAUGUGCCGCUGCACUUUCGGUGAGAUCCAGAUCGGGACUGUGAGGACUGGGAGAGAAAUCGGCGGCCAACCGGAGUGGAAAGUGGCGGUGAUCAACACGUGCACCUGUCUUCAGAAACACGUGACUCUGUCUUGCAGAGGGUUUUCUCCUGUGAAGCCUGUCGAGCCAUGGCUGCUUCUUCCACAAGGAAACACGUGUCUUCUGAUUAAAGGAGGGGCUUUACCAGCGGGCGCCACCGCUCACUUCACCUACGCCGGCCAGCCUUACAUCUUCAGACCCGUCGGUUCCACGGUCGACCCAAGUUGUAACCAAUGAUUAUUUUUCUUCGGAAAAAAUUAACCAAAAAUAAAUAAAUAAAACUUAUGAAAAUACA